AUGUCUGCUCCGCAAUCAGCCACCGCACCAGCAUCGACUGUGUCUGAAGCACCGUCCGAUCAAGACGAUGUCAAGUCGAAGGCAACAAUCGAUGGCAAGCAGCUUGACGGCACCUCGCCUGCGGGACCCACGGCCCUGGCAACGCAAGAAACACAACGUGCGGAAGCCGUCCUUGGUGAUGCCGUCUUACGUUUUCUGCGUAUUCGGAAAGGUCCAAAAGCUGAUGAAUACGACCUUGAUGCUAUUGCUACCCAACCUAGCAUCUGGGAUUCCGAGAAUGUAGAAGAGUACAAGGAACUUUACAUCCAUCCCCAGUGGGAAAAUUGGUCUGCCUUCGAUCCGACAUUCCGUUGGACUUGGAGAGAAGAGAGAGAAACCAGGCGAAUUGUUGAUUGGAAAAUUAUAGUCUGGGUCUGUAUCAUGUUUGCGGCGUUAAACAUUCACCGCACUAACAUUUCCAACGCCGUGUCGGACAAUAUGUUGGAUGAUCUUGGCCUUACUCGAGGAGACUAUAAUAUUGGUCAAACUAUCUCUCGAGUCGGAUUUCUAGUUGCUGAGCUCCCAUCUCAACUGAUUUCCAAGCGCAUUGGCCCUGAUAUGUGGAUCCCGAUCCAAAUUUGCAUCUUCAGUACCAUCUCGGCUUUACAAUUCUUUCUCAAGGGCCGGGCUUCGUUCCUCGCUACAAGAUAUCUGAUUGCUACAUUUCAAGGUGGUUUUAUUCCCGAUACAAUCUUAUAUCUCAGUUAUUUCUAUACUGGUAGAUCGCUUCCAAUUAGAUUGGCAUGGUUCUGGUUGUCGUCGCAGAUUAUUGACAUCGGUGUUGGUUUUGCUGCUGUCGGUCUUGUAUCCAUGCGCGGUAUUCUAGGAUAUGAAGGCUGGAGAUGGUUAUUCCUCAUUGAGGGUGCUUUCACUUUCCUCAUCGGCAUCGCUUCGUUUUUUCUCAUGCCUCAAUCGCCCGCUAAGACGAAAAGCUGGUGGAAUCCGAAAGGAUACUUCAGCCAGAAGGAAGAAAAGAUUAUCGUCAACUCAGUCAUUCGAGAUGACCCCCAGAAAGGAGGCAUGUACAAUCGGCAGGGUCUUUCCGUCAAACAGAUUUGGGAAAGCGCCAAAGACUAUGACAUGUGGCCGUUGUAUGCUCUAGGUCUAUUAUUCGGCAUCCCAAAGUACCCAGUCGACCAAUACCUAACGCUCUCAUUCCGAGGUCUUGGUUUUAACGUUAUCCAGACCAACUUGUUGUCCAUACCUCACAUUGUCGGUUCCAGUAUCACCAUGUUAUUAAUCACUGCUUUCAGUGAGCUGGUGGACAACAGAAGUUUCGUCGCCAUGGUUGAGGAUGCUUGGCUUUUGCCUUGCUUCAUAGCGUUGAUAACUUUAGCCAACCCGAUCAGUCCAUGGGCGUACUUCGCGAUAGCAACUGUGCUGUUGUCAUUCCCCUAUACUCAUCCUAUACAAGUCGCCUGGACUAGUAGAAAUGCUGGAACAGUCCAGAACCGAACAGUAUCUGCCUCGCUUUACAAUAUGUGGGUUCAAGUCAGUGGAAUGAUCGGGGCGAACAUCUAUCAAUCUAGCGAUUCGCCACGCUACUUCAAGGCGAACAAGGGCCUGUUAGUCAUCUGCAUCUGGAUGUGUCUCAUCCAAUACCCUGCCACAUACUACUACUACCGAUGGAGAAACAGCUCCAAAGCAAAGAAAUGGGACGCAAUGACUACAGAGGAGCAAGAGAACUACCGCAUGACCACGGCUGACGUGGGUAACAAGAGACUCGAUUUCCGCUUUGCGACUUAA